CCAUUUGUGAUUCAAGCUGAGGAUUUCGAUAGCGAAUGGUGGCCCCUUGUCACUAACGUUUGGACAAGCAUUCGUAAAGAUGGAGUUCCGAGCGAAAAGCGCAGAAAAACGAAAGUGCGUUCACCAGACUUAUGUCAUACAAAAAUCAGGGUUAUGCGGUUUGUGAAUGAACAAAAGGUUCUUGUUGAACGAUAUCCGAAUAGUCAGGAUCACACACAUACCAUUGAAGGGAGCGAAAAAUUAAAACGUUCUCAGGUUGUUCAUAGCUUGAUGGAGGAGGAAGCAAUUAAAAAUUAUCCACCCCCAGCUAUCGUUAGUGCAAUCAAAGAGUAUGCAACCAAUCGGUUGGACCUUGAUGCUAGUAUAAAGGAAUUAAAGCGAAUGGAAGUAUAUAAUAUUAAAAAAAAGGUUAAUGGAUUACAGGAUUCACAUUUUAUAGGCAAUUUAAAUCUAGAGAUGGACAUUGACGAAUCCAUUCUUUUUUUAAAAAAAGAAGGAUAUCUUGUAGAACGCUAUGGUCAGUCAGUUCAGGGUCUUGUUUUUGCGCACCUAAUUCAGCUUGAGAAGCUUUGUCGUUUUGGGUGGUUAACAUUAAUCGACUCAACACAUAAAACAAACCGAUAUGAUUGGAGAUUGUUUACGCUAUACAUUCGUGAUAACUAUAGCUCUUGGGACGUUGGGGCACAUUUUUUUGUUAGUGCUGAGACAAGCGAGAUGGUUGCGGGGGCUCUGCAAAUAAUCCGGCGAUUUAAAAGUUCCUGGGCACCCCGUUACUUCCUUGCAGAUCAAAGUAGUGUCGAGACUAACGGCAUUUUUAGAGCUUUUCCGGGUUUACCAAAAGGUGAACAAGCAUACGAUGUUCUUUUUUGCAGUGUCCACGUAGUUCGUACUUGGAUGAGUAAAAUUUAUGAACCGAAAAUUCGGAGUAAAAUGAUACACGCAAUGCACAAAGUAACAAAAGCCGGAUGCGAAGAACUUAUUAAGGAGGCAAUUGAUAAAUGCCAAGUCCCCGACAUUAAAAGGUACAUAUCACGAAAUUACACAAAACAUACAAAUCAAUGGGCCCUAUGGGCCCGACAAUAUUCCCCUCUCCUCCUACAAAUAACUUCAACAAACGCAAUCGAAUCGUAUCAUAGCGAAUUAAAAAGAACGACUAUUUCUCAUCAUGGGUUAAUAGGUUAUGAAAUCCUUGAUCAAAUCCAUAAGUUCCCAUUUCCCAUACAACAAUUAAUCAUUAGUGAAGUUCACGCUGUAGAAAAAAGAAUCGAAAAGGGUAAAGAAUCACCAGACCUUAUGUCUCCUAACUGCCAUUGUCUUUUUUUCCAGAGUGGGUUCGAAGUAUAUACUGGUCGUGAGUUGGUGAAAAUUGACUUGCCUAAGAAAACGGAGGCCGAGAAGGCUUCGGAGAAACGAUGUUUAAUGGUAAAUGAAUUGAUGGAAAGGACACGAAAUGCUUAUUGGAGGGUCGAAGAAGAAGGUGAUGCAGUGCAGAAGGCUGCGUUUAUUGAAACAUUGUCAUCUUCCUUAAAUACGGUUCUAAAUUUGAAUGGCAGAAAAAUGUAA